GUCGGGCUGGUGUCCAUGGUGGUGCAGGCCGCCCUGGUGGCGCGCCGCUAUCGGGACGCCUGCGUGCGGCUCGCGCAGCACGUGGAACUUGUAGGCAACCUGCUCGGGGAGCUGGAGCUAGCGGAGCUGAUGCGGCGGGAGGCCACCAGGCGGCCUCUGGAGCAGCUCGGCGGCGCGCUGCGGCGGUGCUACGCGCUCGUCACGGCGUGCCAAGACUGCGGCUACCUCCGCCGCCUGCUCCUCGGGGCACGGAUGGCCGACGAACUCCGCGCCGCGCAGCACGAGAUUGACAUGUUCAUCCGCCUCAUCCCCCUCAUCGCCCUUGUCGACAACUCUUCUGCAAAUAAUCGCCAUACCAAGGCUGAUGAGGGGGUGCUCAGUGUAGUCACAGAUGGUUCAAAUCGUAACAUCAGGUUUCUCGCAACAGCUUUGGAGUUCACCAAAAUACACGUUCAAGCAGCUACUGAGGUUUGCACUCCUAGGGACCAGCCAUUUGUAGGAAAAGUGGACCCGCAGGAACAGAAAAUCUUCGACAUCGAAGAACUCAUGGACCUUUGUACCCGUAUAGAAGUGGCUUGUACGGGAUUCACAAAGUUCAGCUUCUUCCAGAUCGUGGAUGCUACAAACAAUUUCUCAGAAAAGAAAAUACUUGGCUGUGGUGGAUUUGGUACUGUCUAUGAGGGUCAGUUACCCAGCGGACUUAUGGUUGCCGUCAAGAGAGCUGAUGAGCACGCAGCAAUAUUUAGUUUCAACAGUGAAUUGCAGCUGGCAAAGCUUCAGCAUACCAAACUGAUUAGGUUACUAGGGUGGUGCAUCCAUGGGAAAGAAAGGGUUCUAGUCUAUGAGUUUAUGCACAACAGUGCCCUGGACCGUCACAUAUAUGACAGAAUUAAAGGGCCAUUGCUAGACUGGUCUAAGCGACUCAAGAUUAUCAAGGGGAUAAUAGAGGGGCUUGUUUACCUGCACAAAGACUCCAUGUUAUGGAUCGUCCAUAGGGACUUGAAACCGAGUAAUAUACUCUUGGACUAUAACAUGGACCCGAAGAUCUCUGAUUUUGGGUCAGUUAGAACACUGAGUUCAGAGGUAGCAGAAGAGCGUACAAGCAGGGUUGUGGGCACUAGUGGUUACAAAGCCCCGGAGUAUGCAUCUCAAGGAAUUUACUCACUGAAGACAGAUGUGUUCAGCUUCGGCAUCUUGGUUCUGGUGAUCAUUAGUGGAAGAAAGAAUACCAUACUCGACAAGCGAGGGGAUACUCUUGGUGAUCUUGUACGAGAUGCCUGGAAUAUGUGGAAGGACCAAAGGCUACAUGAGCUUGUGGAUCCAGCGUUAGGGAACAGGUAUGACAUCGCUGAGAUAAUGCGAUGCGCUCAGGUGGCGCUGCUUUGUGCUCAGGAAGAUCCAGCAGAUCGGCCCACCAUAACAGAUGUUGCUGCAAUGCUGAACCCUGAAAGCAUGAGCUUACCGAUGGAGCCUAAGCAGCCUACAGCGCUGAGUACAGGGAGCGCUGGUGAAGACGCUGCUGUAUCGACAUAUAUGGGCCAAACAAGUAGGACAAUAGACAUAACCAUAACGAGUUCGGCUCCCAUGACGACUAGAGUUCGAAUCAUUCUAGACCCGGAGGUUUGAUAUGAUGAAGAACAUAUUAUAUAAUUAAAACGUGAGUAAGGAUUAUGGGCUUUUUACAGCUCAGAUAGUUUACAGGAUUCGAGAUAUUAAGAUCAGUUUUGUGAGAGAAAAUAAACAUGUUGUGGUACUAGACUGAUUUUCUGUCAACUACAUCAAAAUAUAAAUGUAAAAUGUUUCACCUUU